AUGAAAAGUUCAUAAAACUUUCGUAUAAAAUCAAUAAAAUCAAACUAAUAAAGUUCUAAUCAAUAUAGAUCUUUAUAAAUGAGUUUAACUUGUAAAUCAUUGACAAAUAGAGAUAUAAAAUAAAUAGGUUAAUUUUAGAAAAGUGUGAUCUAAAUUUAACCAAGACAAGUUUUACAAAAAUAAAGUAGCAUAAAUUGUAGAUAGUCACUUGUAUCUGUUAGCGAAAGUUAGGUUAGUGUUGAUGAGGAGUUUGAAAUUUGGGAUAAUAAUUAAGAUCUUAGAUUAAAGAAAUUAGUGAUUGAAGAGAGAAAACCUUCUGUUGGAUAGUUUCUAUAAUUAUACAAAGCUAGAUAUGGGUAUGAUUAGAUUAUAUAUAAGAGGAUUUCCUGGAUAUAGAUAACAAAUAUAGAAUGAAGAAGUUAUUAAAGUAGCUAUUACACAUGCAUCAUCAAGUAAAUAAUUAUUCAAGAAAUAUUUUCCAAAAAAAUAAAUAGUAUUUGAAGAUGAUCAUGAUUAUUCUUAACCAUAUAAUAUUGAAGAUGAUUAACAUUUUAAGAGUUUUAAUCGUUUUUUUAGAAAUAAAAAGCUUUAGUCUAAUUUGAAGAUUCCUUCAUAAAAUUAAAUAAAUAAAAGUAGAUGA